GCUGCGCCCACUGCAAUACAUAAGCUACCCUCUCCCAACCACAUACACACACUACACAGAUAAGUGCAAGGCCUAAUUCUGCCUCUUACCUUUGAUUCUUGGGAUUGAUUUCUCUGGAAUUGUGUUUGUCAUUGCUUAAUACCAUAUCCUCUUUUUUUCUCCGUUUCAAAACCCCGAGUUUGACGGAUUUUACGAAUUUUAGGUAAUUCUUCCUUUUUCUCACUAAGUUCUUUUUCCCCUUUAAUUUAUACACAAUGUCUGCUACUGACGCCCCCGUUUCCGAUGCUCCCGCUGCCUCUGUCGAGCCCACAACCACGACGACCACUGAGACUGUGACCGCCUCUGCUCCUUCCCCUGCCCCUGCUCCUGUUGCUGAGGCUGCCGCUCCCGUUGAGGCUGCCGCUCCUGCUGCUGAGGCUGCCAAGGUUGCUGAAGUCCCCGUUAUCACUCAAGAAGUCGUUGCCGACGUUCCUGUCGCUGGAGCUGCUGGUGUCACUGAGACCGUUACCCUGAAGCGCGAGUCGGUCGUCUUGGACGACGUCAAGGCUGUUGUUGCUGACGCAAAGGCUGCUGCUAGUGACGCUGCCGCCGCUGUUGCUACUGAGGCUAAGACUGAGGCUGCCCCUAAGGAGAAGAAGGUUGAGGCUGUUGUUGCCGAGGCCGCUCCUGCUGCUGCUGCUGCUCCCGCUAAGACUGAGGCUGCUGCUCCUGUUGAAGCUACUCCUGCUCCCGCUGAGGCUGCCCCUGCCACCGAAGCUACCCCUGUCACUGAAGCUGCUCCCGCCGAGGCCGCUCCUGCCCCUGCUGCUGCCGCUACUACAACUGAGUCUGCCGCUCCCGCUGAGGCUGCUACUGAAGCUGCUACUGAAGCUGCUCCUGCCGCUGAAGGUGAGGCCGCUGCUGAGGGUGAGGCUGCUCCUGCUGCCGCUGCUACUACUGAGGAGGGUGCCGCCGCUACUGAUGCCGAGGCCACUCCUCGUAAGCACAAGAAGGGUAUCUUCAAGCGGAUCAAGGCUUUCUUUGCCAAGAUCUUUGACUAAGCAUACACGCAUAUGAGAAUUUCCCGUUACAUGGCUUAUUAUGAAUGGUUCCUGCGGUUUUUACAGGCUCCCGUCUUAGAUUCUUUACUCUUGUGAAUCUCUCAUGCUGAUUAUUUCCCCACACUCGAGUUUCUGUAAGUUUAUUAAACAAUGGCGCGAGUUCUUCUGGUCUUUUUUUUAUCCUCGGUUUCCUGCAUAUGAGGAUAGUAUGGAAACGUUUUCGAAUAAUAUGAAGAGCUUGCUCGUCUUCUCCUCCAGUAUCUCCUCUUUCUCGACUUAUGUGCUCCUUGGUCAUGUGUUGGUAGCGCCUUUAAUUCAAUUAUUCUGGCAUACUCGAGAACGUCUACAUUGAACAUCCUAGCUAAAUUAGUGAUUGUCGUAUAUGAAGCGGUUUUGCCUUUGUUGGCUCUAGGAUUGAGUAAUACAAAUCUAUUUUUGCUUUUUUUAAAUAGAUAGGUGAAGAGCAGUUGUUCUUCGUUAAUUGUAAAUAGAAAUUGAUUGAUAAUUCUGAUGAAGUUGAAUUUGAAUUUGCGUUGUAG